AUGGCUACGCCUAACAAGAGGGUGGUCUCCAGACCCCAGAGACCUGGUCGGGCACCAAAGGGGAGUGAGACCCCCUGGAGUCCCCUGGACAGCCCAGAGUGGAAGGACACCCAGGAGCAGAUGCCCAGCCAGGUGGCCAUGCUGAGAAAGGCCCAAGAAUUCUUCCAGACCUGUGAUGCCGAGGGCAAGGGCUUCAUCGCCAGGAGGGAUAUGCAGAGGCUCCAUAAGGAGCUGCCACUCAGCCUGGAGGAUCUGGAAGACGUGUUUGAUGCCUUGGAUGCUGAUGGAAAUGGCUUUCUGACCCCGGAGGAGUUUACUUCUGGAUUUAGUCACUUCUUCUUCAGCCAGAGCCAUCCGAGUCAGGCAGAGGCCAGUGACCCAGUGGCUGAGCUCCAGGAAGGGAAGGUGUAUCAGUCCAGAGGGGAAGAGGAGCAGGGUGACAUGGAGGAGGACGAGGAGGCCCAGUUCCAGCUGCUGAUGGACAGACUGGGAGCCCAGAAGGUUUUGGAAGAUGAAAGUGAUGUCCAGCAGCUCUGGCUGCAGCUGAGGAAGGAGGAGCCGCACUUACUGUCCAACUUUGAGGACUUCCUGGCCAGGAUCUUCUCCCACCUCCAAGAAGCCCGGGAGGAGAAGAACGAGCUGGAAUGUGCCCUAAGAAAGAAGAUCGCUGACUAUGAUGAGGAAAUCCAGCACCUCUACGAGGAGAUGGAGCAGCAGAUCAAGAGCGAGAAGGAGCACUUCCUGAUGAAAGACACAGAACGGUUCAAGGCGCUCAGUCAGGAGCUGCAGCAGAGACUCUCGUCUAAGGAGCAGGAAGUGGACCAGCUCAUCCUGAAACAGAAAAGGCUGGAGGGCCAGUGCACCUCUCUGCACAGCGACAAGCAGGAGACCAAGACUGAGAACACCAAGCUGAAGCUCACCAAUCAGGAGCUGGCCCUGGAGCUGGAGCAGACCACCCGCGAGCUGCAGGCCACUCAGCGGCAGCUGGAGAGCCUCCAACAGGAUGCCUGCAGACUGCACCAGGAGAAGGAGAUGGAAGUGUACCGUGUGAAGGAGAAUCUGCAGCGAGAGAAGUCUGGGCUCCUGAAGCAACUGGAUUUCCUGAGGGAAAGGAACAAGCACCUCCUAGAUGAGCGGGACAUGUGUUUCCAGAGAGAUAAGGCAGCCAAGACAAACACAGCUGCUUCCAAGGCAGGCUGGAAGCAGAGAUCUGGCUCUGUGAUCGGCAAAUAUGUGGACGGCAGAGGGAUUCUGAGAAGCCCGUCAGAGGAGGAAGAGGAUGUGUUCGGCAUGCCGAGGAGGAGGAGCUCCCUGGGCCUGAGUGGAUACCCUGUCACAGAAGGGGAGCCGGGAGCCGGGGAGCAGCCAGGGCCUGGGGGCCAGCCCUCUCGGAGGCUCCGCAGAAUCAUCUCUAUUGAAGAAGACCACCUGCCCCAGCUUCUGGAUGGCGGCGUCCAGCCACCGCUGAGCAGAUGCCCGGAAGAGCACGAAGGCUCCGAGCAGCGGGGAGAAGGGCAAGUCCAGGAGCCCCCAGCCUUGGAACUCCCCCCGACGGCUCCCCGAGGGCAGCCUGUUGGAAAAGAAGCCCUGUCUAAGGAGGAAAGUUCUCCCUCUAGCCCAGACCGGCUCUUCAAGAUUGUGCUUGUGGGCAACUCCAGCGUGGGCAAGACAUCGUUCCUGCGGAGGUUCUGUGAGAACCGCUUUGCCCCAGGCAUGGCGGCCACUGUAGGGAUCGAUUACCGGGUGAAGACGGUGACCGUGGAUGACUCCCGGGUGGCUCUGCAGCUGUGGGACACGGCUGGCCAGGAGAGGUACCGGUGCAUCACCCAGCAGUUUUUCAGGAAGGCCGAUGGCGUCAUCGUCAUGUACGACCUCACAGCCAAGCAGUCCUUCCUGUCAGUCCGGCAGUGGCUGAGCAGCGUGGAGGAGGCUGUGGGCGACCGCAUCCCUGUUCUUCUGCUGGGCAAUAAAACUGACAAGGAGAAGGAGCGCGAGGUACCCCGGGGCCUCGGAGAGCAGCUUGCCAAGGAGAACAGCCUGAUCUUCUAUGAAUGCAGUGCCUCUUCCGGUCACAACGCCCAGGAGUCCCUGCUCCAGCUAGCCAGGAUCCUCAAGGAGCAAGAAGAUACAGUGAAGGAGGAUACCAUCCGGGUCAGUACCUGUGCCAAGAAGUCAUCCUGCUGUGGCCGAUAGAAGACCUCCCUGGACUGCUCCCUCGGGAGCCUGAGGCCCGGGGCCGCUGUGAACCGUGCACAGGAGCUCCAGUGUGGGUGCCGCCCACCAGGCCGGCCAGCACUCUCUCCUUGUCAGUGACUUGGGUCCCUGGCGGGAAAGAGCAUGAAGCAAGUCAGGAAUGCUGCCCACCCUUGGGCAUCUCCGGCCUUUCCUCUGCCCAGACACCCGCUGUCCCUGCCUUCCUUU